UCAGCUCUCCUUCUCACUCUCUUUCCCUCUUGCCCUCACUAGCUCUCGUUCUGUCUCCCUCCCUAACUCCUGCUCUCUCCCUCUUUAUUUCGAGUGUUCGACUGUCGGGAGCAGCUAGUCAGUGCGUCGUCAGCCUCCGCGUCGUCGCGUCUGAUUUUUACUCCUUCCGACCUUCUUAUUUCUCCUUUGCAAUUCGUUCAAAGGAAAUACGAACGUAUCGUGAAAUUGUCAGUUUACCUGGUCAUUUCAUCCAGUGAAAAGAAACGAGUCUCGCCCCUUUCUACGAUUAACCAAAUAAAUUUGAUUUCCCCGUUUUCCAUUGUACUCGGUUGUGAUCAGCGACGGUUGAACGAUUCUUUCUAAGGAGCAGGAGGGGGGCAAGGGCCGAAAAUUAGUUUCGUUGAAAGAGGGUGUUCGGUGCACUGCACUCUUUGACUUCUAAUGAAUUAAACACUAGUUUUCUGUUAGUGAAUUUCUUCGGGACGUCGAAGAUACCCUUGCCGAUGCGUGAGACUUCGUUUAUAUAAACAGGUGUCUUCGUUGAAACAUAACACGUCGUGCCUUGACGUUAUGUGCCACUUAAAGAAUCAGCCUCGCCGUGAAAAUCGUCAAUCGGAUAAUCUGGACAUAAAGAACCGUUGAGUCGAUAAUAUUGCGGAAGAGCGUCUCCGUAACACGCGCGCGAAGAAGCUGAUCACAGGAAAGCUGUUCGUUUGGCGAUGAUGAGGAAGACCACCACAGUGAUCGUUUCAGAUGAUGAAAAAGCGAGCCCGGUGAAACUGGCGGUACAGCAGGGAUGAAAAUCUAUCGAGUAACACAUGUGUCAGACCUGCCUUGCACGAGACGAGAGCGUCUCGUCUGGGCUAGGAGAUCGAAAGUAAUCUUAAAUAUUAAAAGCGGUACUCAAAGAGAAAAUGGAGCACAAGCCGACACUCAUGCUCGCACCUGCACUCAGCAACAGCAGUUGUUGGCGAAGAGACACGUCCGAAGCCGCUUGGACCUCGCCGGGACCAGGAGAACUGUUACGUGCAAUUUUAAUCCUUUUCUUAAGCCUGGGGAUCCUUUGCGCGAACUUACUGGUAAUAUGCGUCAUUAACAGCAGACGAUACAGCAAAUACAUCCACGCGCAGCCGAGAUAUUUGUUGACGAGUCUGGCGAGCAAUGACUUGGCUAUUGGACUGUUGGUUACUCCAUUCGGUUUCCUGCCAGCCAUUUAUGGAUGCUGGCCUUAUGGAGAAGUCGUCUGUCAAAUUCAGGCACUCCUUAGAGGAGCCUUAACUCAACAAAGUGCUGUUAUUCUUGUCUGCAUGGCAAUUGAUCGUUACGUUUGUAUGCUGCACCCUCACCAUUAUCAUAAGCACGCAUCUAAAAAGUAUUACAUGCGGCAGGGUUGCGUGGCCGUGAUGUCAACUACAUGGAUAGCGAGCGUGGCCAUCUUCGGUGCACUCGUGCUUCCAAGAGGUGGUUAUUAUUUCAACGGUUCCGGCCUCCUCGCAUGCGACCCUUUCUUCGCCAGAGCGUCACUUAGGAUCCUCGCGUGCUGCAGUUUUUAUUUUCCUACAACGAUGGUGUUGAUGUAUUGUUACGGUUCAGCCUUCCACGUUAACAAACUGCGUCUCAAGAGGGUGGUUUGCAUUAAUACUCCGGAAGUCGUUAGGGGAGGCCAUAUGGAGCGGCUUGUAGAUCACGAAAGACGGCUGUCAACUUCUGCCUCAAGGACAAUGGCUGCGAUGAGUUUAGGAUUCAUUGUUAUGGUCACGCCAUGGACAAUUCAGGAAGUUGUUGCAGCUUGUACCGGAAGUAAACCACCGCCGUUCCUUGACUUUCUGGCCACAUGGCUCGCCCUGUCUAAUAGCUUUUGGAAUCCAUUUCUAUACUGGCUAUUCAACAAUCAUUUUCGCCGGAUUUCUAGGGAACUACUUUACACUAAAAUAUUAUGUAGACCAAAGCCAUUAGGAUCGAAACAGCAUUGUUGCGCGACUAGCACAGGCGGUCUUGACGUUUGCAGUAUGGGUGGUGUCGACUUAUCAGGUUUAGAACGCUGUUCAAUUGACCGUUGUUCAAUGGCUCGGUGUUCCUCAUCAUCAUUAACUAAUACGCUACCGCUCCCUUGGGAAACCGGGCACAUUGCACACAGUGAUACUACACCUACGUGAGGUAGGAAUGCUGCCACGCAAACGGAGGAUUUGAGAUCUCCAACUCAAGUUAGUUAGUAUAGCGUGGCGGCAGAAUGGCAUCCGAUACAUCGUGACGUUCAACAAGUACAACGGUCAUCUCAAAUUUUUCGAAACAAUUCAUCUUCUUUGCUACGUGGAUACCCUUCGCACGUAGACUCAGCAGACGUCGAAGAAACGGCACAAAUUCAAUAUGAUUAUCGACUUCAGUUGGAGAAUACUCGUUUCAAGAGUAUGCCUGAUCUGAUUCUAGAUCUUGAACAUAAUUAAUAUACAUGUAAUCUCAGGUACUUCAUAUUAAAUAUAAGCGAGUUAGGCAUGCCAGCAAAGUUUGCCAAAUCAAAGCGAGGUUAUCGAUGAUCCUUAUUACUAACUGAAAAGUGAUCAGAAUUUUAUAUUAUAGGGUAUUAUUGUCUAAUGGAAUAUGACAGAACAUACUUCUUUGAAACAAGAGGUUAUGGUUUUUUCAUAAUUUGCAUUAGAGUCAAAAUAACUGCCUUCGGCAUUAAAAUACCAAAUGAAUAAAUAAACAAAUACAUAAAUAAUUAAAUAGAAGAAUAAAUGAAUUAAUGUAGUUCAACGUGAAGCUCUUUUAGAUAUGACUUUUUGCAUUACAUCAAAGUAAUGUGAAACUAGAGAAUUUUGGAGAUUAUUGUAUAUUAAUGUUACCAUUAGCUUUAAAUGACAUUAGCCUAAAAACGCAUCAAUGGAACUCACAUAUUUAUUAUUUGUCACAAAAACAUGAUCAUGAUAAUCGCACAAAUUGCAAAUAAAAGUUAAUAUUUACCAUCUUGCUUUUGCAUUGUUUUAUUGCUCUCUAUCACUUAGGUAAUAAUAUUCAUAUUGUUCUUCUUCGGGCACUAAAGUUAUAACAACGUAUUAAUAUAAUUAUUUUUAAAUUAUUUAAUACAAUUUCAUAUUUAAUUUAAUGUCAUUUUAAUUAUUUAUUAGUUUGCUCCUAUGUUUCGGGAUUUCAUUAUUUAAUUACUUGAAAAUACGGUGAAUGCUUGCCAAAUGAAAACGUGUGCUUUGUCACAGUAGAAAUAAAGAUAUUGAGGGUACCUAUAAAGUAAUGUCGUCUCGAUCCGACGUUUGUCGUUGAAUCAAUGCUGCAAACUUCGUGUGAAACAAGUCGAUGAUCUAUUAGCACUAAAGUGACCUCAAACACUAUCCUUGAAAGCUGCUUAAAAUUACUGGAAGAUUAAAUAUCAUUUAAAAAGAAUGAGUUCAAAUAAACUGAUGAAAGAGCAUAUCCGACAUUGUAUGCUUUACAAACUUCGUAAAGGAAACAGUGCUACGUUACAACAAUCAAUAUUAAUAGCGUUUAUAAGUGUCCGCAAAUGUUAAUGAUGGCUCACAAAACUUUAAAACAGGAACUUCGAUGAGAGAUCAGGAAGUCCGUCCCUUCUUAACCCUUUACGGUCCGAAUUAAUUUUUCCUAUUCCCAGUAGUCCCGCAAAAAAAAUCAGAGAACUUGAUUGGAAAACUUUAGUACAUCCGCCCUUCUCCCCUGACCUAGCCCCAUCCGAUUUUCAUUUAUUUAGAUCUCUACAGCAUUUUUUAGAUAGUAAAAAAUAGUUCAAUUACAAAGAUGUUAAAAACAGAAUACAAAAGUAUUUUAAUGAAAAAUUAAGAGAUUUUUGUAAAAGGGACAUACAAAAGCUCAUUUCCAGUUGAUAAAAUGUCAUAGACAAUUACGGCGACUAUCUCAUUGACUGUGUGUUUCAUAUAUGAUUUAAAAAAUUUAAAUAAACGUUAAUUUCAAGAAACGACAUUACCUAUGGAUACCCCUAAUAGAUUCAUGUCUUCAUUCUAGGAUAAUAGUAUCUUUAAGAAGUGUAGGUUUGCAGGAAUUCAUGUUUGAAAUGAAUUGUAUAUGCGUAUAAUGAACCAUACAGUUAAUGCUCACAAGUUCAUGUCGUUGUCAAUUCUAAAACAAGGACAAUAUUUUCACAAAAUAACAAUUAGCGAUUAUUAACAUCUGUAAUCAGACAAUUAACAGGUUCAUUUUCACUCUUACAAUAGUGUAUUUGAGAGACUUCUGGCAUAAACUUAAAAUCUGCACGGGAGUUUUAAGUAAUGAGAUUUUCUGUCUAAGAUUCGAAGAUAUCUAGGAUACUGAUACUAUUUCAGUACAAUAUAAAUCAUUCACGAAUCUUAUUCGGUUAGUACAGAUUAAGCAUUCUAUAUCCUUCACUGCUACUGCAUGUACUUAAUUUAACUUGUUGGGAUCAUGUAACAUACAAUGGGGUUACUUGAAAGAGGGAAACAUUAUUUAUUGAAUAUAAUGUCACAGAAGGACAGGUCUUAUUGUUUUUUGAGCAUAAAUAUUUCUAUGCAUACGUUUGUUUCAUAAAUUAUUCUACAUGUAUAAUUAUAUUUUCAUAUGUGUAAUUAUUUCGAGUAAUUAUCUUCAGUUACUAAGGGUUAUUCAAAAGAAUUAUAUUCUAAGAAUCUUCCACGUGAAAUUAGCGUUGUAAGAAUUUUGUCUGUGAGACACAGUGAGCGUGAGGGACAUCAUAUUGUACAUAUGUAGUAAGUACAUUAGAAGUAAUGAUUUCGAACUAAUUUGGAAAUAUUAAGUUUUUAAAUAAAGUAUUUAAUAAUAAAAUUUCCUUAAAAUCAAUACACUGUAAUAGAAUGGGAAAAAGGGAAAUUUGAUAUUAAUAUAUACUCAAUAAUCUAUAGUGUACUAUUAAAAUCUUUCUUGGUCUUUUUAUUGGAUAAAUACUGUGUAGGAUAAUUGAAACUACUGUUGUACAAGACAAAUCAUAAUACUAACCAAGUUUUCA